CUGAGAAGCUGACCCAUUGGACUAUGGGAACCGCGUUAUCUUGACAGCUACGCUACCAAGACGUUUCUCGGUUCGGGAAAGUUGAUUAUGUUUUCAAUAUAAUGAGCACCGCAGAACCGUUCGCAGGGUGGCUUUACAAGUGGACAAAUCUUAUUAAAGGCUAUAAAAAACGUUGGUUUUUAGUACAGGAUAAUUUACUCAGCUACUACCGAGAACCGGAUGCAGUCGGGCGACAUUGUCGUGGGACUUUUGACUUAACGAACGCCCACCUAAGUGUUCAGGAGUCUGGAUGCUCCUUUAUUUUGACGGAGAGCUCUGGAAGAAAGCAUCACUUCAAGGCGUUGUCCGAAGAAGAUAAGGAGAAUUGGAUUAUUGCCCUUACAGACUUAAUUUCAAGAUCGCAGGUUACCCAUACUGAGAUUGAGUCAGAUUAUUCAUCAUUUAACAUACUUCGACCAGACAAAGAGAACAUUUGUAAGCGAAAUUCUUUCAGAUUUACUCUUAAAGGUCGACCAAAGUUGGAUAUUAAAACAACCAGUUUUCCAGUUCUACCUCAACCGCUUGCUAACCAAUCAAUAUCACUGAAUAACUGUCAAUGUGCUAACCAAUCGUGUUCACACGACGGUUUAUGUAAUUCAACUUUUAGUCAGAAGUUCCGAAGAAUAAAGCUGAAGCACGAUUUAUCGAAAUCCGAUUCUAGGUGUGUGUUAGAUGCUCCAGUAUCAAAUUCAUUUUCUCUCCCUGUGCAUGAACCAAAUGUUUCUACCAAUGACCUCAAGAUAAAAAGUGAUACAGGAAGACGUUUGUCCCGUCAAUAUGUCAUUUCAAUUGAAGACAGCAACCGUUUAGGAAUUAUAGAGGCUUUGAAGAGACGCCUACAUGAUCACAUUAGUAACAUUUGUUCUCAAGUCAGUAAUAUCGAGUCAAUGCUUACAUCAGUCUCAAGUGAAUUAUCCAGUUUGCUGCUGCAGCCACGUUCAUUCCCAUUGGAUUCAGAUGAUCAGUUUUCUGCCUCAGACCUAGAAAGACGGACUACUUCUCUUAAACUUGCCUUACUCGAACAUCGUAACGACGCAAAAGAAUUUUACGAGGCGUCUACUGAAGCGUUGCAGUUCUUAACUGGAACUUAUGCUCGAUUCAAUCGACAACUUGUUUUAGAACAAGAACGUUGUAUAACGUUGGAGAGGACCGUUGAACAGUUGGCUAAAGAAUUACGUAGUUUGGAAAUCCAGUUAAAAUAUCAUAUUCCUAUGGUUGUUGAAGACAAAAAUAUGAAUCAAAUUCAGUCUGAAGAAACCAAGCAAACUGUCAAACAGUCAGUAGAAAAAUCACUUGAUGAAGAAAACAGUGAUGAAUUUUAUGACGCCAUGUCUAAUUUGGAUGUGACUGAACAAUAUAAUGAUUCACUUAUUUCUACAAUCAAUCAAUCUAUAGUACAAAUGCCUAGACCAUUACAUUAUAAUUCAUCCUCAUUGCAUAAUAGUGAUGUAGCUCAAGUGUCAUCAGCAAGUUUAAGAAGUUUGGUGAAUGUUGAAGAAACAUCAGUUUCAGGCAGUGAUUUAGAUUUACCAAAUGGAUACACUAACAGAACUAAUGUUUUUACAUCUAUGCCGUCUGAUGGAUAUCCAAACACGUACAACAAAAACUCUACUACUGACCAGCAUAAUAACACAUUGAAAUAUGGAAAAAUUCGUAAACGUCGAAAUACCAUACCUGUUUCACCAAAAAUUGCAUUAAAUUUAUGGGGUAUAAUUAAAAAUGCUAUCGGUAAAGAUCUGGCGAAAAUUCCUAUUCCUGUAAAUUUCAACGAACCUUUGUCAUUCCUUCAACGAGCUGUUGAAGAUUUCACAUAUUCUAAUCUAUUAGAUUAUGCUUCACAGACCAGAGAUCCAGUGGAACAAAUGGCUUAUGUUGUAGCAUUUUCAGUUAGUUGUUAUAGUUCGACUGCUUAUCGUGUAGGAAAACCAUUUAAUUCAUUACUCGGCGAAACUUAUGAAUGUGAUCGUACAGAUGAUAUGGGUUGGCGUUGUAUUUCAGAACAGGUUAGUCAUCAUCCACCUGGUUGCAGUCAGUAUUGUGAAUCAUUACGACAUAAAUGGAAAGUUUGGCAAGAUUAUUUUUUGUCAACAAAAUUUCGUGGCAAAUAUUUAUCUAUCAGUCCUAAAGGUACCAUUAAUCUACAGUUCGCUGACGGAUCACAUUAUACUUGGACAAAAGUAACAACAGUUGUUCAUAAUUUAAUUGUUGGUACGAUAUGGAUUGAUAAUUAUGGUGAUGUAACCAUAGAAAAUCAUAAAACUGGUUAUUCAUGUAGCCUGCAGUUUAUCGCUCAUUCUUAUUUUAAUAGAGGACAGUCAAGACGAGUCACAGGUUUUGUAAAAAAUUCAACUGGUGUACCAGUUGCUGUAAUUCAAGGAACGUGGGAUAAUUAUUUAGAAUAUCAACGUUUAUCAAUCGAUAAAAUACCUGUCGGUGAGCCAAUAUUAAUAUGGAAAACUGAUCCAUUACCUUCUAAUGCUUCUGAUAUGUAUCACUUUUCUCGAUUUGCUAUUGAAUUAAAUGAAAUGGAAGAUGGUGUUGCACCGACUGACUCAAGACAUAGACCUGAUCAACGUCUUAUGGAACAAGGAUUAUGGGAUCAAGCAAAUGAAGAAAAAAGGCGCCUUGAAGCGAAACAAAGAAAUAAACGACAUGCAUGGGAGAAAGCAGUUAGAGAAGGUCAAACAGAUGAACCAUUAUUCACACCGGUUUGGUUUUCACCAAAACAUGAUGUCAAUGGUAAUGUAUAUCAUGAAUAUUUAGGAAACUAUUGGAAAUCAAAAGAACAACAAGAUUGGUUAAAAUGUCCAGAUAUUUAUUGAAAAGUUUUUUUAGAUCUUAUUUUCAAUUAUUCUUGUAGAAAGUGUAAGAGAUUAUUUCAGUACAAAAAAUUGUUUCUGUGCGUCAAUAAAAACUGUUUUACUGUCUUUCCUGUUCACCUUGAUAGUUAGUGUUGGUGAAUCGUAUUACAUUUUUUUAGAACAUUUUUGUUUGUUUAUAGUUUAUGUCUUAUAGAAGAAAAGAUAAUUCUGAUCUGUAAUUUAUAAUUCUUGUUAUUGAUAUUUAUAAAAUAGUCCUAAUUCACAUUAACUUCAUUCUCUGUUUCUGUUCCGUUUUGACGUUUUCAUUCACGACUUAUUUCCCUACUAAUCCCCCACUUUGUUCUGUUUUGUCGGACUACUGUCAUCUCUUCAUUUCUUUAUCUAUCUGUCUGUAUAACUGAUCGAAUUCUCUACGUUGGGCUUUCACUAACUUCCCUAACCAUUAGCCUAUUUUCGUGUUUCUUUAUGAACUACUGAUUUAUUGUAAUAAGUACAUUGUGUAUAAGUGCAUUGUCGUGUACUUUAUUGUAAAUAAAUGCGUAUGUGGCUUUGAUGAUUCCAUUUUUUGAACCUCCGCACCUACUCGACUUUUAUUAUAGUAAUAUUAUUUUUAACUAUAAUCAGAAUAUCGACUUCAUUAACAUUUAUAAAAAAUUUUGCUAAGAAGUUGCUAUAUGGGACUUCGUCGAAAGUCUUAAAGCCUGAUGAUGAUGAUAAUCUUUAGCAUGAACCAUUGAUGACGUCAUAAUUAUCACAUUUUAUUUUCACAUGACUUUUGUUAUAAAAGAUAAUGUCAAUAAGUGUCAACCACUGUUUAUUUUACUUAACUCCAUUAGGGAGAAUAAAUUGUUCACUGUGAUGAUGAUGACUAUGGUUGUUUACUUGUUCUUGUUUAAUUUUGCUAAUUUCUAAAUAUAUAUACUCUUCUUUAUGUCAUUUUCGCCACUUAGAUGACCAAGAUGGUUUGGGUGUUGUUCUUCUUUUAUUUUGUUAAGUGAUUUUUUAAUCUUUCUCUUCAUAUUUAUUAUUUUACAUUUCAGUGCUGUUUUCAUCCUUUUUCUGCCUUAUUUUUAUUGCACCAAUUGUGUUAUUGUGUAUUCGUUUCAUAUGAUCAAUUGUUAACUUCACUGAUUACCAACAUACUGUUUUGAUGAUUUGUGCAAAUAUAUAUAUAUAUAUAUUAAAUCUUAUCAAGUCAAUAUCUUUACUGUUUCUUGAAAUUCUGUACAAUAAAAAGUUGACAAAGGAAAAUAGGAGACAUUUACAAAAGUUUGUUUCUGAAUGUAGGUAUAUAGAUAAUUUAGUUUGUUGAUUUAAUGCUGUUUAGAUGCAGUUUGUAUUUGUCAUUUAGUUCACUUAUGGAUUAUUUUCUCUCUUUUUUUACCAACACUAAAUUGUUGAUUCUUUCAAUUAACUUUUACAACUAAAUUUGCUCAUUUACACGUGUAAAGAUGUAUUUUGAAAGUGAAAACUCCUUCACCUUUUUCUUUCUAUAAAAUAUACUUAUACACAUAUACUACUUAAUUUUCUGUUAUAUUUUGCUGUAUGAACAACCAGUUCUGUUUAUGAAUUUCUGUAUUACUUAUUCUACUGACUUUGUUUGGAUUAUAUUGUGCAUAAUUUACAUCUUUUAUCAAUAUUUUUUCUGCUUAUUUCUUCGGUUGUUUUUUCCCUUUAGUUUGUUUUUAUUUUAACAGCCUGAUUGCCAAGAUUGAAUUCAAUUUAUAUUGUUUUUUUUCUAUAAAGAAAAUCGUUUUUUUAUUCUGAUAAAAAGAAUCAGAAUUAUUUGAAUACGA